AUUUCCCUUUUUACUGUUAGUUAUUAUCAGGGUUUUAGAACCGUUAUCCCUCAACUAUUUGCCUCUGUUUCCCGCCUCCACUUAUUCCUCUCUGCUCAUAAUCUCCUCUCAUCCCCUAAUUUCCUUUGCUACUCCACCCUUUUCAUGAUUAAGACUCAGCAGACAAGGGUCCACGAUAUGAUCAUCAGAGGCAAGACAACGACCAAGGACUGCAUCAUCGAAGCCGAAGCAGGGCAUUGAUGAGUGCCAGUACGAAACAAGAGUUAGAGCGCACAUCCCAAGUGGUGAAUUCCAGAUUGAAACGGCUCAAUGUUUUUGAUUCCGUAAAGGUCACAACAGUUUCUGGGCCUCCGGAGUUGCCUGGGACCUCCAAUGAAUUGGAUCCUCGAUAUGCCAUACCCUUGGAUUUUUAUCGUGCUGCCCUUAAUUUUGGAGUUUCUGCUGUUGCCAUCUUUCCACUGGGAAAAGAAUCCUUGAACAAGGGUACAUUUAGAGGGCCAACAACAUUAUGGGGAUUUAAGACAAGGGGAUUGGGGCUAACCGAGCCAAGAAGAGAGAUAAAUGAUGAGAUUGCCGAUCCUUCAAAGAGGGAUUAUCUUGCAGGAGACCUUGCUUUUAGUGCUUUUGCAGACCUUUCCUUUGACCUUCCAUGAAAUCCCUUCAGGGAGAAAGGAAUCCAUGCACAUAUUUUUGCAUCCGCUGGGAAUGUUUCCGAGUUAUGGGAAAACAACCAUCAGAAUUUCUCCGUUCAGAAGUUCAGAGAGUCGAUCCAGAGCUCUAUAGGAGUUGGGAUUGCCAUCUCUACGAAUCAAUUCCAUGUGGAGGU